GCCCCUCUGCUUCCUCUCAUGGUGUCUGGUCCCUCCCCUCUUCAAGAGAAGCAUUUGGCUUUGAGGACUGGACGCCCUGACCACGUGACCUGCUUUAAUUUCCCAGGCCCUAAUCUGCUCCUAGCUCCUAAUGAUGCAGCUGGUAAUAGGAUUGUGGCUUCCCCUCUGGACGGCUGCACAGACCAUGGCUGCAAGGCUGCUGAUAGGUGCCUAGGACUCUGUUCACCUGUAAGCAGAGAGGCUUGUGCCUCCAGCCCAGCCCUGGGCCUCAUCUGACAGUGCAUGGAAUGGUGCCAACAGGCUGGGCUCAGCAUGGUGCUCGACGCUGUCCUGGCUCGAGGGCGCGCAGUGUGUAAGCACAACGGGCUGCUCAUCCUGUCUGUGCUGUCUGUCAUCGUGGGCUGCCUCCUUGGCUUCUUCCUCAGGACCCAGCGCCUCUCACCACAGGAAAUUAGUUACUUCCAGUUCCCUGGAGAACUCUUGAUGAGGAUGCUGAAGAUGCUGAUCCUACCACUGGUGGUCUCCAGCUUGAUGUCCGGCCUUGCCUCCCUGGAUGCCAAGACCUCCAGUCGCUUGGGCAUCCUCACUGUGGCAUACUACCUGUGGACUACCUUUCUGGCUGUUGUUGUGGGCAUCAUCAUGGUCUCCAUCAUCCACCCUGGUGGUGCAGCACAGAAGGAGACAACUGAACAGAGUGGAAAGCCGGUCAUGAGCUCAGCUGACGCCCUCCUGGAUCUUGUCCGGAACAUGUUCCCAGCCAACCUGGUAGAAGCCACGUUCAAACAGUACCGCACCAAGACCACUCCAGUUAUCAAGUCUCCCAGGGGAGCAGCAGAGGAGGUUCCUCCCCGGCGGAUCGUCAUCUAUGGGGUCCAGGAAGACAAUGGCUCACGUGUGCAGAACUUUGCCCUGGAUCUGACGCCCCCGCCUGAGAUUGUCUACAAGUCAGAGCCUGGUACCAGUGAUGGCAUGAACGUGCUAGGCAUUGUCAUCUUCUCAGCCACGAUGGGUAUCAUGCUGGGCCGCAUGGGUGACAGCGGGACGCCCCUGGUCAGCUUCUGUCAGUGCCUUAAUGAGUCUGUCAUGAAGAUCGUGGCAGUGGCGGGGUGGUAUUUUCCCUUUGGCAUUGUCUUCCUGAUCGCUGGCAAGAUCUUGGAGAUGGAUGACCCCAAGGCAGUGGGGAAAAAGCUGGGCUUCUACGCCGUGACCGUGGUUUGCGGGCUGGUGGUCCACGGUCUCCUCAUCCUGCCCCUACUGUACUUCCUCAUCACCAAGAAGAACCCCAUUGUCUUCAUCCGAGGUGUCCUCCAGGCUCUGCUCAUUGCAUUGGCCACCUCCUCCAGCUCAGCCACACUGCCCAUCACCUUCAAGUGCCUGCUGGAGAACAACCAUAUCGACCGCCGCAUCGCUCGCUUUGUGCUGCCUGUGGGCGCCACCAUCAACAUGGAUGGCACUGCACUCUACGAGGCCGUGGCUGCCAUCUUUAUCGCCCAGGUCAACAACUAUGAGCUAGACUUUGGACAGAUCAUCACUAUCAGCAUCACGGCCACGGCAGCCAGCAUUGGGGCAGCUGGCAUCCCCCAGGCGGGGCUCGUCACCAUGGUCAUCGUGCUCACCUCUGUGGGACUGCCGACCGACGACAUCAACCUCAUCAUAGCUGUAGACUGGGCACUGGAUCGCUUCCGAACCAUGAUUAAUGUGCUGGGUGAUGCACUGGCGGCAGGGAUCAUGGCCCACAUCUGCCGGAAGGAUUUUGCUCAGGACAUGGGCACUGAGAAAUUGCUACCCUGUGAGACCAAGCCAGUGACACUGCAGGAAAUCGUGGCUGCCCAGCAGAAUGGCUGUGUGAAGAGUGUGGCUGAGGCCUCAGAGCUAACCCUGGGUCCCACGUGCCCCCACCACAUCCCGGUCCAGGUAGAGCAGGAUGAGGAUCCAGCCGCUGCCAGCCUAGACCACUGUACUAUUGAGAUCAGUGAGCUAGAGACCAACGUGUGAACCUGCAGGGCCGCAGCAGAGCCAAGCCAGACCCUGGGGUUUGGGCUAAGGGGUAGGAGCUAAACUCAAAACACACCUGACACAGGCUGGCACAUUCCACCCUGACAGGCUAGUCAGUCACUGAUGAGAAAGAGAGACAACCAUGUGCAGAGACCCAUCAGCAACUAUGGCUCUUGUGGUCCAGGACCUAGCUGUGACAGUUUCUACUACAUGAGCACACAAAGGCACCUGGUAGGGGUCUUUGUCUAUACUUUGUGGAAAAAUAGUUUGGGAGUCCGAGAGCUAAAACCACUCCCUGAAAGAACAGUCAUAGCCAGGAUGCUAAUUCAAGUCUUUGGAGUCUCCGCCACUCUGUUCUAAUAAACAAGGCAGCCUGCAGGGAACAGUGAAAGAGGCUCUGCCUUCUCCAGGUCCCCACGGCCACAACAGCUUCCAACUCAUGAAGAUAGAACAACAGUGUCCCUGUUGCUGCCCCAGCUGUGUCCAGGCCAGGUCAACCCUGCCCCACCCCACAACAUGUGUGUUGAUUUUUUUAAAGAUUUAUUUAUUUAUUUUAUGUAUGUGAGUACACUGUAGCUGUCUUCAGACACACCAGAAGAGGGGGUCAGAUUCCAUUACAGAUGGUUUGUGAGCCACCAUGUGGUUGCUGGGAUUUGAACUCAGGACCUCUGGAAGAGCAGUCAGUGCUCUUAACCACUAAGCCACAGCAUGUGGUUUUAACUCAGUAAAGUCUGGUCCAUCCCAGGUCUGAGACCUUCUGCCUUUACACGUUACAAGCCUGUCCGUUUCUGUCCACCAGACCUCUCAUCUAAUAUGGAGACUGAUGUCCACUAGGGCUGGGAAUCCCAGGGGGUACAGCCCAGUCAGCCUUCCAUGAGAUGGGUGGGCAAGGUCGGCCAUAAAGAGAAAGACCCAGCUUGGGAUGCUCUGGCCAAGGGACUAGCAGUACCUUGGGGUCAGAACUCUUUGUGUGGCAAAAUGGAACAAGAGUCCCUAGUCCCUUCCAUGUUUGCGAUAAUGUGAUAAAUAAAAGUCUGGGUUUUUUUUCAAGACUUA